UAACAAGGAUGGGUCCGGAAGCAGGGCCUUGGGCGCCGCAUAGCAAUCUGCGCCGCGAAAGUAGUGCGACCAUGAUUUAAAUGACGUCAGUCAAAAUCCACCGAAAGGUUGACCGCAGUUGAUUCUUUGUAGUGGUAGACAGCAGUGCACCACACUACUUGUGUUGACAGUUGURACAAMCUGAUAAACGAAAAACAAUUGACCAGUGAUAACGUUGAGGAGAUUUUAAGAUGAAGUCGUGGCUCGUGUGUGGAUUAAUACUCGCGUGUUUGGAAUUUGGAGAAUCUUAUUCAAAAUAUGGACGCACAUGUAAAGACAUCGGUUGCCUCAGCAAUGAAGUAUGCGUAAUGGAAACUGACCCUUGCUCUUACUACCAAAGACAAAAUGAAUGUGGAUCUUAUCCUACUUGUAAGAAAAUGAACAAUGCUGGCCCUCCUACAUGCAAAAGCUACGUCUGUCCACCCACAAAAGUAUGCAAAAUGGACGGARCCAYCCCAAAAUGUGUCGACGACCACAGCAAAGUGGGCCGUGUUGGGUAUGAYACUACUGAAUUAAAAAGCGCUGACCAACCCUCUGGAAACAUCUACCCUAAUCUUCCACGAGGUGAAACAACCCCACGACCUAACAUCGGUUACCAAGGGCCUCCCGGUCAAGGUUACCAAGGUGGUCAAAUCGGCUCGGGUUACCCUGGCCAAGCCAAACCUUAUCCUCAAGGGGGGUAUCCUCAACAGACUUACCCCCAACAGCCUUAUCCAGGUUAUAACGGGUACAACGGUUACCCACAAGGAGGUUAUCGUCCUCAACAGAACGGUUAUCCCAACUAUAACUACAAUGGUCAGUACCCAAAUAACAACCAAGGGGGUUAUAAUCCCUAUGGACAAAACCGAUAUGGACAAAAUAGUGGAUCYUCCGGUGGUUUCGUCGAUUCGCUUACAAACGCUUUGAAGAAAUACGGUACGAAUUUGCUCAAAGACGCUAUAACUAAGCAGAUUGCUGGUGGUAAUAAUCGUAAUUAAUUUUUUUGUGUUACAGGGCUAUUCUAUAUGAUUGGUGCGUUUUAUUAUCAGAGGAUUUGGGGAUUUUAAAGCUCAUUUUGUAACGUAAUUUUAUUUUAAGUUGUGUUGAUAUUUUUUAAUAAAGUUUUAAAAUCCUUUAAACGUUUUCUUGGUGAGUAUUUGGUGGUAGUCUGUGGUCGCUCAAAUUUAUUGGCCUUUUGUGUCACUAACUGCACUGUUGAGAAUAGCCUUUUAACACAAUUUCUUGCCAAUUUCUGUGUGUAAUAUGUUGUUUCUUUUUUAAAAAAUAAUGAAUACAAGUAGGUACAAAAUUAAUUUGUAUGCUAAUAAGCUGCCUUUCUAGCCUCUUCUCCUCAUUUUCCUUAGUUCGCUCGAUGUACGUAUUUUUGUAUUUAUUUUGUUUGUCCGAUAAUAAAUUAAAAUACGUCC